AUGGCGGCGAGGGUGCGGCGGAGGAAGAUAAGUGAGAAGACAUCGGAGCUCGGAAAGUUGAUUCCCGGCGGACGUAAAAUGAACACGGCGGAGAUGUUUCGAGCCGCUUUUAAGUAUAUUAAGUUCUUACAGGCUCAAAUUGGUGUUCUCAAAUUUAUGGCUUCACUUCCGGAAAGUGAAGAAGUUUUGAAUAAUGGAGAAAUGAAAGCAUUGGUAACAUGUCCAUUGAUGCAAGAAAAGUUGUACAAAGCAGAGAAUUGCAUUGGACCCGAACAGUUUGCGGAAAUCCUAAAAAAUGGUCAUUAA